AUGGCGGAGCUGUUCCCCCCGGGGACCACCCUCAGGUCCUCGAAGGAGGCGCUCGACGUCGAGAUCUUCGGGCACGCCCCUGGCGCCCUGGACGGCGAGGAUGCCUACGUGUGCACGUUCAUCAGGGACGGGGAGGAUGCCGGGGAGGACCUCAUGCCGGUGUCGCGCGCGCACGACGAGGCGGAGUUCGCGAGGGUGGAACCCCCGUCGUCGUCCCCCGCGGCGGAACCCGAGGAGGAAUGGUGGCCGGACGGCGCGAGCGGCGGCGGCGGCGGCGGCGCUCGGGACCCGCCGAGCGGCGCGGCGCAGGACGACGCCCCGAUCUCGCCGUUCCGGGAGACGACGUUGGAGGUUCCGCGCGAGGAUGACGCGCCCGAGCGUGGGGACCCCGACGUGUGGGGGGAGGGUCCACCCCCGUUACCCGCGUCCCCCGCGUCCCCCGCGUCCGCGCCGCCUCGGUCAAAGCCCCGCGGGGAACCCCCAAAAGGCCGCGGCGACGACGCGUUCAACCCCGGCGCCAGGCUGUGCGACGCCAAGACCAAACCCCACGAGGUCAACUUUAUCGUCGAGGUCGUGUCUUACGACGCACGCAAGGACAGGUACAGGUGCGUGUUCAGGGACGGCAAAGGGAAGAAACUGGACGAGGACGUCGUGAAAGGCAGGCGGCUCCACGACCCGUCCGCGUUCCGGCAGAUCGGCGCGGGCCAAAAGCGCGUCGCGACGGAUGGGGAAUCGAACAACCGAAAAUCGAGCAACCGAACGAAGAGCUCCGCAUCCGACGGCCGACCAACCCGUAACGGUCGUAACGGCCGGGUAGCCCCCGCGCCGGCGAACGGCACGACGCGGGGCGGGUCAAGGACGACGACGACGCGGGGGCGCACGCCCGGCGAGGGGGCAAACGGAGCCACCGGAGGGCGCGACUGGAGGAGGAAUUUACCCAAAUUCGCGCGACGGUGUCUCGGCGCCGCCGACGACGACGCCGGCGGCGACGAUCGGCGGUCGGACGGUUCGACCCCGGCGAAUCGCUCUAUGGUGACCGCGCUGGAGAGGCUCGAGGCCCUUGCGGACGGCGCGGUGGAGGACGCCGGCGAACGGAUCCGUCUCUUGGACCAACUCGCGGAUAUGACUUCGAAGGCUUCGUGCGGCGAACACGACUGGACGCGAAAGACGGCUUCCGGAUGGAACGUGUUUCAAAUCGCCGCGCGCGAGGGAUGCGGCGACGCGCUGGACAACCUGCACACCAACUGCGUGAAACGAGGGGUGAGCACCGUCGCGCAGGUGAACCGCGGUAAGUGGCGGCAGCCGGAGAACGCGGUGACGAUGGAGUGGCUGGUGGAUCAAAAGUCUCCGGAUGGGCGGAACAUGCUGCACCUCAUAGCCGCCGGGUGGGACAAACUGGAGGAUCACGACCAGCCGGAGGUGGCCAGCUUCGCCAAGGGGAUCAUCAACGCCAUGACGCCGAAGCAGAUUCGCAGGCAGGCGCCGGUGCACGGGACGUGCGUCCACGCGUGCGCCGAGGCUGGCGCGGGGGCUUUCUUCAGGUUUUUGUUGGAACACGGCGGCGGCGACUGCACGCAGGUCCGGUGCGCUCCCGACCCGGAACCCGCGCAUAAACCCGCCAAAACGGUCAUGGACAGGUUCCGGAAGAUGCUCUUCGCCGCCGCGCCGGGGGUGAAGCCGAGAGCGAAGGAAUCGGACGCGAAGACGCCGUUGGAGGCGGCGAGGGCGGCGCUCGACGGACUGGAGGCGGAGGAGACCAGCUUAGUCGCCGCGCUCAAGGGCGAGGCGCGCCGGGAGGCUGCGGAGGACGGCAUGACUUCCGGCGCGGCGUCGCCCGUGGGGUUCAAACCCACGGGCGACGCCGCGAGGCGGCUGGAGCGGCAGGUGGCGUCGAUGCAGCGUAAACUGGUCGGAUUGCGCAAGUGCGUCGACGAGCUCGUCGCGCACGAGCGGAUAUUCCUCAGGAGCGACACCAAGAAGGAAGCCGCGAGGACGCGAGCCGAGGCGGACGCCGACGAGCCGCCGCACGAGGCGCAAACGACGGGGUUCCUCGGCAGGCCGAUAUCGGCGAGCGACUGGACGGAGGAUGCGGACGGUCACGUGCACAGGACCGCGAGGCCGACGGCGGAGGGGGGCGGAUGA